AACACGCAUGACAAGAUGGAGGUCGAGAGGACACAAACUGACGGAGGGAGGCCUGAUGGCGGGAAGAGGAUGCAACACCGUGAAAAGCCAAGUCGUCACGAUCACGACGCUGGAGUGAAGGGCGUUUCCCUCCUGCAGGCCCACCUGUUCAGUAUUUCCCAGUCAAGCCCACCCUGGAUUCAAAGACUGCCACGCUGCUUAGUCUCUUGUCGGAUGAUUGACCGUGUUCGCCGUAGUGCUUCAAGUGUAGUUUUCGAGAUUUCUCGAUACUCUCCACAGUCGCUCUCGUUUCUUGGCGCAAGCGCACCACGAAGUGCAUCUCGCCUUCGAGGAACUGCAUCUGACAUCCUGUUGAAAAAGCGGCUUGACCCACAUUAGUGUCGACAUGUUCCCCCUUUCGGUGUGCGGCUUGGCGGCUCCUCACAGCGCGGCGCGCCACAUCCAACCCCGAGGCUCUGAUCUCUUGACACCCGCCAAGCCGGAGCAGCUGCCACGUACCUGAGAAGGACCUGGAGUCACGUUGGCAACCGAAUCGCAUUCUGAAUGGACUGCAGUCAGUGUGACCCGAGUUCGCGACUGAAUGCGUGCAAUGAAUGUGAGGGCGCAGCUGUCCCCCCUCCCGAAAAGAAGAAAAGAAGGGACCUCAUGAGGAGUGAGCAGGAAAACAAACUUCCCGGGAGCUUUUAAUGAGCGGGGGGAUUUGAGGGGCUUCUCUGCUGGGGUUAAACUCCAAACGGCGCACGCUUGGACUGCAACUUCUUCCAUCUUUAGCAAGGUCUUCAGCGUUCCAUCUGCCAUUCUCGCUGACAAAUGGAGCUCAUCCAGAACCAGAACUCCACUCGGGGCUUCUCGAGCCUCCUCGUCUCCCGCUGGGAGUCGCCGCCGCAAAUGUCAUCAUAUGAAAAUAGCGUCAUCAUCAUGCUGGGCGUGUUGAUGUUUGCCCUACAGCUGUGUUUGGCUCUUCUUGUCAUGUGGCGAUGUCUGACGUUUGACAACAAAGUCAGAAAGGCUGUGGAGCGCUCGCAGACUUUGCAGAAACUCCAGAUCGAUCCCUCAUCCUGCCUGCGAGAUGUUUCCAAACAGACUUCUUAUCAGCCUUAUGAUGAUAGCUGUUUAUCAUCCGCAGCUAUAGACGGAUGCUAUACGACUGCAACAGACCAAAACUGUCUCUUGGGACCAUCAAUACCUUGGGAUCUAGUUCAGUCCUGAAAAUGAAAAUUGCAACCAAUCGAACCACCUCAUAGAUGAAGAAAAACCCAGUUUGUCUUGGGCUGUUAUUGAAAUUGUUGGACCAAGUACUUUACAAAUAGCAAAGUGCAAUGAGCUGCUCAUGAGCAAAACCGCAGUGACCUGUUGUACGGGCGACAUGAUCAAGAAUCUGUUUCGGUGUCAGAUAGGGGCAGUCAAUGGUCACACAAUAAGUUCAAUGACUGAAAUCAAACAUGUUUUGUUGCAUCAUAAAAUAAGUAACUUGUUCACAAUUACUACUAUUUUUUAUGUAUUUAAUUUUUAAUUGAACGGUAUUUGACUAUUGCCUGUUGCUUUGUGUAAUUUGCUUCGCGACAACCACAAAAAGUACUGACUUGUUAUUCACGCACUGGCCACUAUCGCAACAUCUCUUCAAUCAUACAAGUUUGUGAAAACAUGUUAUUUUCCACAUCAUUAUGGAUGUCACUGUUUAAGUUUAGUUUUUUGUUGAAAUAUUUUGAAUUAUGUUUUGUGUAUUUGUGCAUUGGUAUUAUUCGGAGUUCGCGUGUAGUUCCAGGAAUCGCCAGCGGGUGGCGGUAGUUCAAGAAACAUCAUCAAGUGUUGACAGUUUUUCUUUCGAGUAAAGAAGAGUGAUAACGCCGACUAUACCAAACAAACGAGUCAUUCAAUGAUUUUCACUGUCUAAAACUAGGUUUAAAGUGGAGUUAUUCUCAUUUUGUGUUCUUUGCUUUAAUAGUUGAGCAUGGAUUAAUAAAUAGUCACCCCAGGUUUGCGGUCAACGGAACCAUUUGUCAUUUCAGUGUUCGAGUGGCUAGCUAACUGGCUAAUGGUGGCUAUCAGCAACUUUUCGUCAAGAAGAUGGAGUCUGGUCUUUUUUCAACGAUUUCCCAAGGUAGCCCAUUACCUCUGGCGUCACUCCGCCUCCUGGUGCCACCUCUGCAUCUCCUGUCAGCCUCCAUGUGGCAGACCCUGGAGAAACAACAAGUCAUGAGCUACUGGGAAAUGGCCGACUUUGUCUCUUUGGCUAUGGAGAUGGUCCCGGAGCUGCUCGUAUACAAGCACUGGAUUCAACUCAACCUAGGUUUAAGAGCCAGGUAUAUUUUGGAAUUAUGCCGAAGUGAAGCGCCGCUGGAAUGUGACAUCAUCUUGUCUCUCCUGGCUAAGAUUAAACAACAAAACAUCUUUGCAGUAGACGUAAAUGAAGAAGAGGAAGCCGCAAUUUGCUUUCGGGAGUUAAUUCGGGUUCUGCUCAAGGAUCCCGAAGAGAGACGGCACUUCUUUGUGGAGGUCUUCCCUUCGCAGUACGGACCAGAAUAUGACCGGGAUUUAAAGUCCCUCUUUUGGGAGUUCCUGUGUCGACUAGUUCAGUUGUUACCUGUUCCUGAUCUCAAAGAGACUGUAUGCUGGCUCGAAGCGUCAAUAUCGGCUGAACGUGUGCAUUCGCUCGCUGAGGCGAAUGACCUCAAGGUUUUGCUCCAGCACCACAAAGACCUUAAACGUUUAAAGCAACAUGUUCCAGCCACAAGCAUGGGGGACAAUAUCCUUGCCUCGCUCUCUGCCUUUCAUGCUUGCAGAAUGGAAAAAGCUGAACAGCGGCCUAACGAAUCAGGCCCGGAUGGUGACUGUCCCAUACAUGUGCCCACAAUGGACGAGGUGACAGUUGAGAUCAUUGCAGAGGUUGAAGACAACGGCGGAGUUGAGCAAGCAGAAGACACGACAGCAGACAUGGAUGAUGGGAAAAAAGAGAAAGAAAUGGAUGAAAAGCCACAAAGUGACCUCACGGCGACGCACCAGGCGGUCGUUCACGAGGACGCCUCUGCUUCCGUUCGGCCUCCGAUCUCUUCGGGCCCUCACGACUGUCCGGACUGCAACAGGAAAUUCAAGUUUGCCUCGUCGCUCACAGCCCACCGGGUCAUCCACACAGGGGAGCGCCCCCACCGCUGCUCCGAGUGCGGCCGCUGCUUCUCUUUCCGGCAGGCCCUGAGGCGGCACAGUAACGUGCACAAAACCGCAUGCGAGUACGAAUGCGACAUCUGUGGGGAGACUUUUCCGUCCGUGUCGGCGCGCUCCUGCCACAAGCAACAAACGCACGUGGCGGGUGACGCGUUUGCGUGCCCUCAGUGCGAGAGGAAAUUCACCUGUGAGACGGCGCUCUCGAAGCACUUGGAAACUCACGUCGGGUCAGCGGGGGAUGCCGCGCCCGAUCCGGGGGAGGUACCGGUAAACGCGGCUGUCGUUUCUCUCGUCAACGUCCGCACAAGCCGGCGCAAACGCAAACCCACCAUGAAGAUCCAAGUCAUCAACUUGCAGAAACGCAUGAGCAGCAGGACGAAGCGGGAAGUCACCGGGGAGAGACCACCGACCUCCUGGAGUUGUUCCGAGCAUUCGUACUGGUCGCCCUCCGUCUCAACAAAAGACACCGAUGCAACUCACCCGGCAGAUGGCACGUCGACGGCUUUCCAUCAUUCAGAGGAACAUCGGUCGCGGCAGCCCACGGAGCGCGUUCGCCCCGAUGAUGACAACAUGGCCGCCGCCGUCCCAGAGGCUCGUUUCAACUGCCAAGACUGCGGCAAAAGAUUCAAGUUCCUCUCCCUGCUGAAAUCGCACCAGCGCAUCCACACGGGUGAGCAGCCGUUCCUCUGCUCUCAGUGCGGACGACGUUUCUCCUUCAAGCAAUCUCUGGAGAGACACAAGCAGACCCACAAGUCCGGAUGCGGGCUCGAGUGCGGCAUCUGCGGGGAGGUCUCAAAGUCCUUUGCGGCUCAGAAGGCGCACAUGGACGCCCACACGGAAAACGACCGCUUUUUGUGCUACGAGUGCGGCCGCACGUUCGCGUGGAAGUCCGCGCUGGUGAGGCACCUCAAGACGCACGGCGAGGACGCCGACGAGGCGGAGGGUUCGCUCCGGUGCCCCCAUUGCCAGCUGAGCUUCCGUCGCGCCGGCUCCCUCACCAGACACCUGCGCACGCACCGGGAGGAGCGAGCGUACGCCUGCAGCUGCGGCAAGAGCUUCGCCUACCAGACGGCGCUCACCACCCACCGGCGGAUCCAUCAGAAAGAGCGGCCGCACGUUUGCGCGCAGUGCGGCAAGGGCUUCCUCUACAAGGGCGGCCUGGUCAACCACAUGAAGAUCCACUCGGCGGAGAUGCCCUUCAUGUGCUCCUUCUGCGGCAAGCGCUUCAAGCGGGAGCGCAACAUGAAGAAGCACGAGCGCUGCCACACGAGAGAGAACGUCUACGGCUGCUCGCGGUGCGACAAGAGUUUUGUGUACAAGGCCACGCUGAUCCGCCACGAGCUGACGCACUCGGGCGAGAGGCCGUACCUGUGCUCGGACUGCGGCAAGGGUUUCUUCUCCCACGGCGAGCUGCUCAAGCACGAGCGCUUCCACACGGGCCACAAGCCCUUCCGGUGCCCGCACUGCGGGAAGACGUUCACCCAGUCGUGCUACCUGACCAUUCACCUGCGCUACCACACGGGCGUGCGGCCGUACGCCUGCGCCGAGUGCGACAAGAGUUUCUUCAGCGCCACCCGCCUCAAGAGACACGCGCAAACGCACACGGGGGAGAAGCCCUUCCGCUGCGGCGAGUGCGGCAAAGCGUUCAAGCAGUCGUACAACCUCAAAAUGCAUCACCGGACACAUAAGAUAACAUGACGAGGAACGUUUUAUUCGGAGUGCCCGCCGCGGUACAAAGUCGGGGAUCUUGACGUGAAAUUUCAGGGUGAACCGAAAAUCCGCUUGAACUUUUGCAGGUGAGCAUAAUUCAACUCAUUCACUCCCAAAGACGUUUUUAAACGUCUUUUCAGACUUGGUCCAGAAUUGGCUGGUACUGAAUGAGUUAAUAAAU